AUUACAGAAUCAGAAAUGAAAUUUGCUGCACUGUUAUUCUUCGUGGCGUUUGCAAGUGCUAAGAGAGGUGGGAUUUUAAUGCCAGAUGGCAACAUCCUCCAUUUUGAGUCCGUAAAAAAUGAGAGGGAUAAUACAGAAAUCCUUACAUUUGGCGCAAAAACCAUGCCUGGACAUUUGAAUGGAAUAAAAUUCCAUGACUUCAAUACGGGUUAUAUUGCUUCCAAAUUGGUGGACCAUGGUCUAUGCCUUAUCUCAGUUAUCAAAUAUUCCAAGCCGACAUAUAUCAAUGAAAGGCUUGUGAAGCUUCCACCAGCUGUUAAUCAAACGAUUUUGCCAACACCAAUGUCCAGGACUGACCUAAUUAGAGUUGCUGGUGCAAACAUCGCAACAUUCUGUGACGAUUAUACAUCAUAUAUGAUGGUAGAGUCUGUUGGAAAUCAUCAUUCAGGAACACGGGCAUUGGACACUUAUGACGCUUAUGAGAGUCAGUUAAAUGUAAUGACUGAAUCACUCGAUACUGGAGACAAAAAACCCAGACUACCGCGACCACGACCAUUCCGUAUUGACUUUGACAGAUAAAUGUUUCAACUUAUCAAAUAUGAAAUGAACAUCAUUAAUAAAAUUUUCAACAAUAAG